UCCAGGGCAGUGAGGCGCUGCGGCUUACGCUGGCAGGAUCCUGCGUGGAGGCCCCUGGCCCCAAAGAGACGCUGACUUUCAUCUGCAAUGUGCGUGAGAGGCAGAGCCAGACCAUCCUCCUGUCCAACCCGAGCAGCGAGGCCUGGACCCUGCAGCCCAUCAUUGAGGGGAAAUACUGGAAAGGGCCUGAAUUGAUCCAUCUGGAGGCCAGGCAAAAAGAAAAGGUCUACCAGGUCACCUACAGACCCCUAACCAUGAGCUCUGAGAACAAGAAGCACCAGGGCUCCAUCUUCUUCCCCCUGCCGGACGGGACAGGCUUACGCUACCACCUGGAAGGAACUGCUGAAGCCCCCAGGUGUUCAGGGGCCAUUUCCCGGCAGGUUCCAUGCAGGAAGUGCCACACGGAGCUCAUCCCUGUGUCCAACUGGCUGCACAGACCACAGAGGUUCCUGGUGGUUAUUGACAUGCUCAAACCAGAGAACCUGGAAAGCAGUUCUGUGCUGCAGGGGUGUUCCUAUAUGGACGUGCCAAGCUCUGCGAAGAAGGACUACCAGCUCACCUUCCUCUCCUACAAAGAAGGAGUCUUCAGGGCAAAGGUGACCUUCCUCAAUGAGACAACCGGAGAGUACUUGUUCCACAUGGUGACUUUCAAGGCAGUGGCUUCAGGACCCAUGGGCACUGUUCAAAUGAGCACCGCUGUUCGGCAGAGAGUGUCCUCCAGCGUCAAGGUGGACAACCCUCUGCCUGUCCCGGUGACGUUUGACAUCAACUGCAAAGUGCCCGACGUCAGCGUUCCCCAGCACUUUACUGUCCCUGCACAGUCGAAGGCGGAUCUUGUCUUGGAGUAUCAGCCCCUGCAAACGGGUGAGAGCAGCGGGCAGCUGGUGCUCCAGAGCAGCGACUUGGGAUCUCUGUUUUACACCCUGCAGCUGAAAGCCACCUGGAGCAGGCCAGAGAAGCCCGUGUAUUUCCGCACCAGGCUGGGCUCCUGUCAGACCAUCACCACCAAAAUACGGCAUUUUGCCCAGCAGAAGACCGAGUACCUCGUACAGACCGACUGUGCCGACUUCCAGACGGCAAAAUCCAUCAGUGCGGCACCCGCCAGUGCUGGGGGCUCGGACCUGAGCGUGGAAGUGACCUUUGAGCCCUGCCACCUGGGCGAAGCCAAGGCCACGCUGCAGCUCAGCUCUGCAUUGGGCGGGCAGUACUGCAUCCCACUCAUCGGCCUUGCGCUGCCCCCUGAAGCCCAGGGCCCCUUCCUCAUCCCAGCCGGCGGCACCACCUCCAUCUCCUUCAGGAACGUCUUCCGGAAGGCCACGGCGUUCCAAUACGCAGUGAAGCACCCGGGCUUCACCGUCAGGGCCCCCGAGGUGCUGCGCGCCAAGAGCAGCACCACCAUCACCGUCUCCUUCGCGGGCGGCCCGGCUCCUGUCACCAGCAGGCUGGUGGUCUCCUGCCCUGGGGGCUCCUGGAUCUACCACCUCCGGGGCCUGCCCUCCCCCCGCAAGUGA